UUUGAGCGUGUUAAUCAUGGGAAAAGCAAAGAAAAGAGAAAUAAAAGCUAAGAGAAAGCAAGAAGAAAACAAUAAGGUCAAACCAAAGGAAGAGUCUAAAGAACCUCAAGUAGAAAAACGAUACAAAAAGAUUGACCAAGAUCCAUCCUUGACUCCUGAGAUGCUUAAGGUGGCUUCUCUUGAUGAUAAGCUUCAGUUAAUUAAAAUAUUAGCUAGAGAAGUCUCUAGUACAACUACUCAAGUUAAGAAGCAGGGAAAUAGAAGUUUUGUCAUUGUAGAUACCCAUUAUUCUAAAAUUGAUGAUCUCCUUGUUCUUUGUCAAGACUCUAACAUUGAAGUAAUCCUUGCUUCUAUUCGUCAAUUAAUCCUCGUUUUCUGUGAUGUUCUCCCAGAUUACAAGAUCAGAGAAGACGUUGACACUAAAAGGGAUGGAAAAGCUACUCUUUCCAAGAAAGUUAGAAAACUUAGAGAGCAAGAGAAUUAUCUCCUUGACUCUUUCAGAAGGUAUUUGCAAGUUCUUGAGACUUUCUCAAAGUUCAAGACUAUUGGGAUGUCUGAAGAUCUGGCUCAAAAAUACAUGAAGAUAAAAAUAGAGGCUUUUGAAUGUUAUUCCAUCUGUAUGAAUAAGCUAAAUCACUUCAACUAUGCUAAGAACAUUAUAAGAAUCGUAACCUCUAAGAUUUCCAGCAAGGUUGCGGAGAUCAAUAAGAUCUGCACCAAAGCUGUAUUUGAUAUGAUGUUGAGUAAAGCUCAUCAUACACAAGAGCUCAAGCUAUUUAUCAUCGAAGAAAUCGCAAAGGAGUUGAAGUCUAAGCCUCAUGUCCUCUUCCAGAGCAACAUUCUUGAGUGCUUAGGUCUUCAUAACAUUAUUAUCAGAAAAGAUGAUAUCGAGAUGCUCAACCAGGAAACUGUCAAAAUAGAACAGCUGAAGAAGCAAGUUAGGAAGAAAUUCAGAAAGGGUAAAUUCAAUGAAGCAAGAGAUCAGAAAGUUGAAAUUAUUAAAGAGAUGAAAGAAACCGAUGCUAUAGGAGUUGAUCUCUCCAAGACAUCUGAGCUUAAUAAUAAGAUCAUUAUGGCUAUUUUGGGAAUCUACUUUGACUUCUUGAAGAACAGAGCCACUUCUCCUCUGCUAAGAGGAGUAUUCUUGCACCUCCCUAACUUUGCUACUCAUGUAAAUAUUGAAAUCGUAUGGGACUUAAUGAACGUACUCAGAGAGUUUGUAGAUGAAGAGUCUAAGAGGAAGAAGGUUAACCUUGGAAACUUGACCACUGCUUUGUUAUGAUGCUUCCAGAUCAUUACUGUUGGAGCAGGAAAUGCCUUUAAUGAUGUUGAAGAAAAAGACUUCUCAAACUGAUUGUACAACGCACUUGUUCUGGUCAUCAGCGAGAUUGACACUCUUCAUGUUACUGAUAUGCUUGCUUUGUUGAAGACUAUUAAUAUUGCAUUGGUUCAAAAGAGACAGUACUCAAAUGAUUUAAUGACAGGGUUUCUGAAAAGAUUAGGACUUCUUGCACUUACUUCUCCACCUCAUUUUCAGUCAGGAAUUUUGAUGAUGAUUAAAAGAAUCAUUAGCAAGUAUCCAAAUACCAAAGGAGUGGUUGACUUUAAUUACAUGGGAAAUGAAACAGCAACUCACAAAGAGGAUGAAAAAAUUCUAAGCAACGAAGACCCACAACUACUAACAAAUGUACAUCAGAUUUCAAUCUACACUCCUUUAAUCUCAAUCGCGCAGUCAACUUGCCACAAAGUGAUCAAAGACCUCGUAUUCUGAAUCCUUGAAGAAAAGCCAAUGCCUGAGGAAAUACUGAACAUGAGCCCUCUCGACAUCUGUAAGAAAAUGUUUCAUCAGUAACUAAU